UUUUGUUUUAGUUAAAAACAUGUCUCAAGCUACUCUAUACAUAGGAAUACAUUUUGCACGAGCUAUAUCUCGAGUGAAUAUUGGUAUGGAUAUUCCAAAAAAGUUAUCAAACUACUUAUUUCGUAAAUCAGAAAUCAAAUCGUCUUUGAAUGCAGUUAAAAAACCACCCAACAUCUUAAUUAGGACUGAUGAUAUAAACGAUUAUAACAGUACUGUCAAAUUUAUUGUACCACUUUUGGAACCUGAUAUGUAUACCGUUCGCAGGUUAACUGAUGAAGACUUUGAAAAAUCUCUGUGGAUGGAUUCAUGUAUUAUGCUCAUUUUUCAUAAGAACUGUAUUAGUUCAAUAUCUGAUUCAUUAUUAAAAACUUAUUUGUCUAAUGGAAAUGUGAUUAUUUAUUCUGACAACCUAAAUUUUUCUACACAAGCCCUUGAAAAUUUUAAAAAAUCAGUAGGAAACUCUUUAUCUGAUAUUGUAAAAGCUGAUGAAUUUUCAAAUUUUUGGAGAUUGGCUUUUCAUAUUAUCGAUUACCCUAUUCAGGAAAUCAAAGAUUUGUUUCUCAAAAUGAAUUUAAGAAUUAAUGUACAAGAAAACGAUCAUUCAGAAAAUCAUUAUUUCUGUGCUUACCUAUUUUGCUCCAAUCAGCAAGUAAGUGAUCUCUUUGAAGUGUCUUCUGAUAUAAAUGGAGAGUUUGUCAAUGCAAAUAAACUUAAAAUACGAUUUAGAGAUAAUAAAACAACAUCAGAAUUUUCUAAAGACGAGUUUAUUAUUUAUACUAACACCAAUGAAACUGUUGGAUUUAAUUGGCUAGUUUACAAUAGCUUUCUAAAAUCAAAACAUUACGGAAGAAAUGUUAUAUAUACCAAUGUGAUUGAAUCAACACAGAAUUUUUUUACAAGUUUUAAUGUUAAAUCUAUAAAAGAAAAUGGGCUUGUUUUGAUAGCUCGUCAGCAAACAUCAGGUAAAGGGCGUCAUGGUAAUCAGUGGUUAUCUCCUAUUGGUUGUAUGAUGUUUUCUAUGAAUUUUUCUGUUAGGUUAGAUAGCAAACUUGGUCAAAAUCUCCCAUUUAUUCAACAUAUUGCUGUGGUAGCUUUUGUUAAGUCUAUUCGUGAUCGACCUGGAUAUGAAAAUCUUGAUAUCAAUAUCAAGUGGCCUAAUGAUAUUUAUAUUCGAAAGACUAUUAAAAUUGGUGGUGUAAUCACUAGCAGCUCUCUAUUUAAUAAUGAGUUUAAAGUUAUUUUGGGAAUGGGUGUUAACAUAGCUAAUGAUAAACCAACUGAAUGUUUAAAUAGUUACUUAAAAGAAUAUUGUUUAGAAAAUAGGGUUAAUUUACCAGAACUACUUAUUGAAGAUGUUUUAGCUACCACACUAAACACAAUGGAAAUCUUAGUUGACAUGUUUCAGUUGAAAGGUGUUGAUGCUUUGAAAGAAUUAUAUUACAACUAUUGGAUGCAUAGCAAUGCUUUGGUAUCACUAGAAUGUCGAAACAACGCCCAAGCAAAAAUAAUUGGUUUGGAUGAUAAUGGCUUUUUGCGAGUUCAACUAGACACAGGAGAAUAUGUUUCUUUGCAACCCGAUGGAAACAGUUUUGACAUGACCAAAAAUAUGAUUAUUUUAAAAUGAGUGUUGAUAAUAACUUAAUCAAA